CGUACAGUAGUAACAUUAAGGCCAGAGUCAGACAAACUCAGUUCGUAUUCGCACCGACAUUUUAUACUCUCGUGUUGAAAGCAAAAAAAAAAAAAAGAAAAGAAAAGAAAUUCAAUGUCAACAGAUUUACUUUUCUCUAAAGUAAUCUGCAAUUAUAUUUAAAGAGUUGAUAAAUAAUUUGUUUUGAUAAAAGAAAAUAUUUCUUUUCACAAAGACAUCGCGUUUGUUAAUUAUGGAAAUGUAGAAUUUGUUGCCGGUGUAACACGUGCAACAAAUCCCAAAGAAACAAUGUCGCGAAAGAUGGAGACGCUUGCUUUGGUAAAAAAUAUUGCCAAGCACAAACAUACAUCAAAGAACCCCAGGUGAUCUUGGGUGGGUAGAAAAUUCUUAAAUUUCUUCCGAAGAGAGUCAUCACACUCAAUAGACAAAAUGGAAGAAUCUCAAAGUUACGAGGAUCCUGACAUUCGUGAUCAGUCAUCCAAGCACGUUAUUCGUAAACUAUUUGACAUGAUACCAGCUCGUGUAGUUCUUUAUUUGCUGUCGUUUACUGGAUUUCUCGUCUCCUUUAUGAUGAGAAUGGACAUAAAUAUUGCAAUUGUGGCUAUGGUAAAAGAUUCAAAUUCAGAGGACGAUAGCACAAGACCACCUUUAUGUUAUCCAUCAUCUAAUAUUUCUUUCACUCUUGAUAAUAGUAAUUCAACGAAGAAAAUUCCCAAGGAUGUCGCUGGAGAAUUAGACUGGAGUCCAGCAGUUCAAACCACUAUCAUAAGUACUUUUUAUUGGUGCUAUAUUCUAUCCCAAGUAGUUGGUGGAGUUUUGACACAAUAUUUUGGCACAAAAACAGUUUUUGGUGGAUCGCAAUUGCUUACUGCAAUUUGUAGUCUACUUAUACCAGUCGCAACAGAAUUUCAUUACGGAGCAAUGAUAGCACUUAGGAGUAUACAAGGAGCUGCCAGUGGACUAACUUGGCCUGCCAUGUACGCAAUUGUUGGACAUUGGAUACCACCCGUAGAACGUUCUCGUUUCAUGUCUUCCUUUCAAGGGUUCAGCAUCGGGAUCGGAUUGACCUAUCCACUUUGCGGAUUUCUCAUUGCCCACUUUGGAUGGCGAACCGUCUUCUACACUACGGGAACAAUUGGCGUUAUUUGGUGUAUCUUCUGGUUCUUUCUCGCCUUCGACACUCCAGCCUCGCAUCCAAGGAUAUCCCAACAAGAACUUCAAUACAUCCAAGGAAGCGUCAGUUCUCAGGUCAUCGGUGAAAGCCAGGACCUGCCAGUUCCAUGGAAGUCAAUCCUCACGUCGUGGCCUGCUUGGUCCAUUGGGAUCACAACAUUUGGAAGGAUAUGGGUGCACUACAUCUUCAUCAUUCCUGGACCAAAAUACAUGAAAACCGUUCUAGGUUUUAGUAUUCAAGCUAAUGGUAUUUUAAGUGGAGCUCCUUUUAUCUGCAGUUACUUAAGUUCAGUAGUCUUCUGUUAUAUUGCAGACUUGCUAGUUAGGAGGCAAUUAAUGACCUUAACUAAUGUUCGAAAAAUAUUUACUGCUCUUUCGCAAAUUGUUCCAGGGAUCUUAGUAAUUCUAAUAGGGUACUUAGGUUGUGACAUUAUUUUAGCGCUUAUUGUUUGGUUUAUUGCUGUUACUUUAAUAACAGCAUCUUAUGCUGGUGCAAUGGCUAAUAUUGUGGAUAUUGCACCAAACUUUGCGGGUCCCGUUCUUGCAUUUGCACAGACAAUUCAUAUGACAGCUAGUUUCUUGUCACCAUUAGCAGCAGGUUUUAUAAUUAAAGACAGUUAUUCUUUGGACGCUUGGAGGACAGUUUUUGGUGUCACUGCUGUGAUAGCUUGUGGCACAUAUGUCGUGUAUCAAAUUUUCGGUACAGCCGACAUUCAAGCGUGGAAUUAUCCCGAUCAAAAAUUCCCUCCAUCAGUACAAGAAGAUUGGCAACCACUAAAGGAAUCUCCUAGUAAAAAUGAAAAAAUCGUUUCAAAUCGAUCAAAUUUGUCCAAAGAUUGAAUUAAGAAUGAAAAUCGAUUAAUCAUACGCGUAAAGCGUAAUUCAUCCAGAAUCGAAUAUUAAAAUUAAUUUUAUUAUGAACGCUCAGUAUCGAAUUAGAAGACAUUUUAAAAACUCAUUUGUUAAUACUAAACACUUUAGGAUAUAAGAAAAUGAAAAUAUUUUUCCGCUAUUUGUUGUGAAAAAUGUUUCAAUGUAAAUCAGAGUUAAUUUUUAUAAUUGACUUUUAAUUUUAACAUAUUUUAAUAUUUCGUUAUAUAGAUGAAAAUAUUUCUUGUAAUCUUUUAUCAUUCCAUGGUGAAUAAUUUACGACACUGGAGAACCAAAUAAUGUGUAAUUAAUAUUUGCAAUUAUGUUAAAAAAAUUUUUUUUUUUAAUAAAAAAGUAUUAGAUAGUUUUUGAAUAUAUAAUAUUAAGAAUUUGAAAAUUUUAGAAAAUAAUUGCAAAAUUAUUAGUUCGCACACUUUGCAAUUUACUUUAAGCACAACUGAAAAAUUUAUAAAGACAACUGUGAAAAAUAACUAAUUAUUUAGGAUAAAAAAUUAAUUCCAAUUCUGACAUUAAUAAAACUAUUCGCAUGUUAGAAAGUAAAAAAAAGUAUUUGAUACACGAUAACAAAUUUUAAAAAUCAUAAAAUUAAAAUGGGUGACAGGAAUUUCGAUUCUAAAUAUUAUUUCAUUAAAUAAUUUUUUUUUUAAUUUCUUUCACUUACUGUAUUUAAGAAUAAAAAAAAAUUUAAUUUUUAUCUAUAAAUAUCAAACGGCGAUAUCGUGUUCUAGUAUCAAAAACUUUUUUUUUUUUUAGAAAGAAAUGAAAUCCGAAAAGAACAAUAUUAAAUCAAAAAGUAAUUUAUCAGUGUACUUACAUGACAAUGUAGUGAAAUGAAACAAAAAUUAGUAAUAUCUUCUGUAUUUUAAAUAAUAUAAUAGGACCGAGUAUAAAUAAAAUAAAAAAAUAAAAUUGAUGACAAAAAAAAAAUAAUCUUAUAUGACAGAUAAUAUAAAACUAAUCUCUUGAGUGCCUUCCAAAAUCUCAGAACGAUAGUAAACAAUUUGCGAAUUGUAAAACCUUGUAUGAAAAAUAAUUCCCGUUUUCAUUUUAUUCGUUCAGGUUUAUUAUUUCUGAAGCUUUGGAAUUGCAAAUUACAAAUAGAACAAUAGACGUAAGAUUGACAAAUAUGUUCACAUUUUAAAGACAUAUGAGAAAAUCAUUCUUUUACUAUAUUAUAUUUACUUUUGACAUUUCUUUUCAUUUAUUAUUAUUAUAUAUUAAAAAUAUUGAAAUAUUGUAACAAAACUCUAUUCUUGAAUUCAUGUAAAGAGAAAAAAUUUACUUUAAAAAAAUAAUUUUUCUUUUAUAUCAGCAUUUAAAAAAAUAUUUCUUUUUAGAAUUAAUAAAAUUUACAAUUAAACAUAAAACAAUAAUUAUAAUAAUAAAAUAUAUUAAAUAAUUUUUUUUUAACGCACAUUUAUUUUAAAGUAAAUUUUUUCUUCUCUGAAUAUAAUUAUUGUGAAUUUACUGAUUUUUAUAAAUAACUCUUUGCGGCGCUGAAGCCAUUUAUGAAUGAGUUUUCUUAAUAUUAUACACGUAUUAUUUUUGGAGUCGAAUUACGAAUCUGAAGUCAAAAUUUUUAAAUUGUACAAUUUCAAACUGUUUUGUCCAAAUAUAAAAAAAAAAAUGUUUGUGAUUUUACUUCAGAUUCUGUAAAAUCAUUUCGUUAUGAAAUGACUAAAUGGUUUCAAAAUUGCGAAUUGUGAAGUAUUUUUUAAUGAUUUAUUAGAGUUUUUGAGUAAGUGUGGUGCCGCAAAGAGUGGGUGAAGAAAAUAGCUUUAAGAAUAAUUUAAUUUUUUUUUAAAUUUUUCUGUAUUUAUAGAAUAUAAAUGUAUACACAUUAAAUAACAAAUUAUAUGACA